AACGAGCUGCACCAUUUUAGUGCCCGCCCCCGGGUUUGGAGUUGGAUUUGUAGAAUAUGAUAGGAGGGGAAAAAAACAGUGAAACAAUAAUAUAAGCGGAUCAGUGAGGAUAUUAUACACCACAUGCUGACACUGUAAAGGCAGAAAGACCCCACUACUGAUUGUUGUGUUGCUUCACUUUCACUGCGGACGUAAUGGCCACCGGCGCCAAAAGGCCAUCACUUGGAGCUGUGGCUACUCGUAAGAAAGCCAGUCCUAAACCUGAACUGACAGAAGAAAUAAGGCAGGAGAUCCGAGAAGCUUUUGAGCUGUUCGACACAGACGGCGCAGGCUAUAUCGAGGUGAAGGAGCUCAAGGUUGCUAUGAGGGCGCUCGGGUUUGAACCCAAAAAAGAGGAGAUCAAGAAAAUGAUUGUAGAUGUAGAUAAGGAUGGAACUGGCAAGAUCUCAUUUGAUCACUUCCUGGCAGUCAUGAGCCAAAAGAUGGCUGAAAAGGACUCCAAAGAAGAAAUCCUCAAGGCCUUUCGACUGUUUGACGAUGAUGAAACCGGUAAGAUAUCGUUCCGCAACUUAAAGCGAGUUGCCAAAGAGCUCGGUGAGAACCUUACAGACGAGGAGCUUCAGGAGAUGAUUGAAGAAGCAGACCGAGAUGGCGACGGGGAAGUGAGCCAGCAGGAGUUUCUUCGUAUCAUGAAAAAAACAUGUUUGUACUGAAUAAGCGGUAAAACGUCAGCCCACACCAUAGAGCAGUAAAAUAUUCUCAUAAAAAAAUCGAGCACAUCGUUUGCAAAGCAUUAAAAUGCACAGUUCCAUACAAAGAUGAUCAAUAGUGAUAAAUGAAAAAUAUAUAAUAAAAAAAAAAUAUCGACAAUGGUUAUGUGAAUAUCUUACCACUACAAGGCAUAUGGGACCAGUCCAGGACUUCUAGGUGUUACUGCAGAGUGUUGUCUAUUACAGCCCCACAAACAAAAUAUUGAAUAAUUUAAAAAAUGUAAGGAAAACCAUACAGCUUUAUUUAAUGUGUCAAAAUUGGAUUUAACUUGAAAAAUUGUACAAAUAUUUCCACGUUUGAUUCCUGAACAAUGUUGACGUCUGCAGUACGUACAUUUGGUCCUUAGCACCAACCCAGUCCAAGGGUUUUUAUUCUCUUGAUUAUUUAGCCCGAGUGUGCUGAUUACUUCUCCCAAGGUCAGUCUUUUGGGAUGUGCUGUUCUGUACAAUGUGUGCUGAUCUUACUGUGUGUUUUAAUACUGAAACGUGAAAUCGUUACCUCCUUGUUCCACAGUCACAGUACAAUGACGUUAUGACUGUAUUUUACAUGUUUCUUCUUUAUUCCUUCUAUUAUUGACUGCUGUUUGGUGUUUUGUACAAAUCACUAGAAAUGUUUAACGCAUUAAAUAUACUAAGCUGUGCUUCUUGAUUAUCUCGUGUUCCAGCAGAAAAACUACGCAUAGCGAACUAUUUUUAUUUGAGCAUGAAACAAGGAUCAGUUAUUCUUUCGUAUCUAAAAACAAGCUUGUCUUGUAUGCAGAAGCAAAUAAAAAUUAUUUAUAUAUAUGUACUA